CGGAAGAGGCUCCGCUCUCGCGCAGUGAGAGCGCGAGGCGCAGGUGAGCACAGAGGCGCGCGCUCUGUAUCUGUAAACAAAGACAAAAGCAAACAUGGAAUCGACAGGCAGGAUACAGGUGGACGGAUACCCGGUUACAGCACGACUUCAGAACCGGCUGGAGAUCAGUGUUUGAUCCAACAUCCUGAUAACACACAGCGUUGCCAGACACACUGAGCAGAGCUUACACAUGUAAUAAGGCCAUUUCAUUCUUGCUAAAUGUUUUUUGCUCUGGCAGAACACUGGCACUAUUUGCAGCCCGUUAGGAGACUUUCACCUCGAUGCAAUCUUGAUUAAUCAUUUCAGACCAAAGUCUUUUCAACCAACAAACCCAGUGACCAAAGGACCGGGUCGGCCAUCAUCCUCCACUAUGGCGAGCCAGGACCCUGUCAACCCUUCACAUGCGACAUUUGACCUCUUCAUCCAGGCCCAGACUUGCAAGGAGGUGAAGCACCACUUUGCUGCGCUCUGCAAGCAGCUGGAUAUCAAUCCUAAGGAUUUCAGGAAUAUCGUUAAGUUAAAGGAAAGACUGAACUACUGGAAGGCCAAAGCCCUUUGGACCAAGCUGGACAAAAGGGCAUCUCACCCGGAUUACAAGCAAGGAAAAGCCUGCGUCAAAAACAAGUGUCUCGUCUUGGGUGCUGGACCAUGUGGGCUGAGAACGGCCAUCGAGCUGUCCCUGCUGGGAGCUCAGGUGGUGGUGUUGGAGAAGAGAGAGUCGUUCUCCAGGAACAAUGUUCUCCACCUGUGGCCCUUCACCAUUUAUGACCUCCGUGGGCUCGGAGCCAAGAAGUUCUACGGCAAAUUCUGCACUGGGUCUCUGGAUCACAUCUGCAUCCGUCAGCUGCAGUUGAUUCUAUUGAAAGUGUCACUGCUCCUCGGGGUGGAGGUGCACACCGGAGUGGAGUUUCAGGGCCUGAUUGAGCCCUCAGGAGAAAACGGUUGGAUGGCCAAGCUGCAGCCUGCGUCACAUCCUGCUGCAGCCUUCCAGUUUGACGUUUUCAUCUCUGCUGGAGGAGGGAGGUUUGUCCCUGAUGGUUUUAAGCACAAGGAGCUGAGAGGCAAGCUGGCUAUCGGCAUCACGACCAACUUCAUCAACAGACACACGGCUGCAGAGGCCCAGGUGGCGGAGAUCAGCGGUGUGGCCCGCAUCUACAACCAGAAGUUCUUCCAAGAGCUGCUCACUGAGACGGGUAUUGAUUUGGAGAAUAUUGUCUACUACAAAGACGACACCCACUACUUUGUCAUGACUGCCAAGAAGAAGAGCUUGCUGAAGAAGGGGGUCAUUAAACAGGACUACAGCAAUGCAGAGGAGCUACUAGCUCCUGACAACGUGGAUCAGGAGGCUCUGUGCCACUACGCCCAUGAUGCUGCCCACUUCUCCACAGGUGGCAAUCUGCCUGACCUUGAGUUUGCUAAGAACCACGCCGGCAAGCCAGACGUGGCCAUGUUCGACUUCACCUGCAUGCACCGUGCUGAGAACGCCUCUCUGGUCAGGGAGAGGAAGGGGAAGAAACUGUUGAUGGGUCUUGUUGGAGAUUGCCUGGUGGAGCCUUUCUGGCCUCUAGGCACAGGUAUUGCCCGUGGGUUUCUAGCCUCUUUUGACACCGCGUGGAUGGUGAGGAGCUGGGGCAUGGGGGUCCCACAUCUUAAGGUCCUGGCUGAGCGAGAAAGCAUCUACCAGGCCCUGUCCCAGACCACACCAGAAAACACCAGCAAAAACUACGCUGGCUACAGCAUUGACCCCAAAACGCGGUACAAGAGAGUCAACCUCUCCUCCAUCCAGAGCAGCCAGGUGCAGCACCUUCAUGAUGUUGAUAAAUCCAAUACAGCGAGCAAGAAACAGAAGAACAGGUUUUCUUACAUGCAUCAAGACUCAGUCAGCGGUUCUGAAGAGUUGUUGAAGUGGUGUCAGAGACACACCGCGGGUUAUAAGAAUGUGAAUGUAAAAGAUUUUACCCAAUCCUGGAGUUCCGGGCUGGCUCUGUGUGCGCUGAUCCACUACUUCAGACCUCAACUCAUUGACAUGUCCUCCCUGGAUGAGUCCAAUGCUGUUCACAACAACCAACUGGCCUUCAGCAUCUUGGAGAAGGAGCUGGGCAUCCCACCUGUCAUGUCUGCCAGCGACUUAGCCAACAGCGGUCAGAUAGACAAGUUAUCCAUGGUCCUCUACCUCGCCCAGGUCCAAAGUGCUUUUACUGUGUCAGUAAAAGGUAAAAGUUUGGACCCUGCAGCCUUCCUGCCGUCGUCCAAGCCUCUGACUCUCUCCCAGACACAGUCAGCUGUCUUUUUCCUGACCAAGCUGAAGCACAACUCACUGCAAAGACGCAAGGAAAAGCUGGCUACUGAGAAAAGAAAAAGAGAGCCAAGAAUGGGAGAUGAGGACAGUACGGUGGUGCCUCCUAUGUCCCCCGUGUCCCCCGUGUCCCCCGUGUCCCCCGUGUCCCCCGUGUCCCCCGUGUCCCCUGUGUCCCCCUUGACCGCCGAGCUCAGUCCUACACCUGAACCUGAGCCUGAACCUACCGGUGCAGUUGUGUCAAUGACUAACAGCGAGGAGUGUUACUUCUGUGCUAAGAGGGUCUAUGUGCUGGAGCGCAUCAGCGCUGAGGGCAAGUUCUUCCAUCGGAGCUGCUUCACCUGCCAUCGGUGCGGCAUCACACUCAGACUGGGAGGAUACACAUUUGACCAGACUACAGGGAGAUUUUACUGUGAGCUGCACUCUGAAGAACUGGAGCUGGAAAACGGGGCUGAAACAUCGUGUAAGGAUCACCAAGGAACAACUGAAGACAACAUGCUUUCCAGUGAUGAUUAUACACCAUCUCCAUCAGAUGAGGAGUAUGAGCACACUCUGGACUGUGGCCCCUCUGCUCACUCACAGUCACAUAAACCUGAAGGACAGGACCACCAUAUACUUGAAUCCAAAGAGGAGUCCCGAGAACCACAUACAUCCAAAACUCCCACAGAUCCUCCAUCUAAAACUGCACCCAGCGAGGACGAGGAGGCCGUGCCCUAUCCUAUCCCCAAACCCCGCCUCUCUCAGCAGACCACACCCAGCCCUCAGCCCUCCCCUCCAAGAGCAAAACCUCGCACAGUUCACCUUUUUAAUCCCUCGACCCCAGAAAAAUCUCCAACUCCUACUAAAGAGAUCUCCAAGACUGCACCAGAUUCCCGUCCGAAGCAGUCGCUCCGAAAGCUUCAGCUGACCGACGAGGAGAAAAGCCAGCUAGUGAACCUUCAGAGCCUCAGCGUGGACUCUGACUCAGAGACCCCUGGUGGAUCCUCCUCCUGCUCCUCUUCCUCUGCGACUGCAGGAGUGCCGAGCCCUCCCAAACCAGAGGGCCUGGAUGGGCAAGAAGAGGAGGGCUACUGGAGUGGGAGCACCGCUAGUCACGUCCGGGAGAAGAGGAAUCGUCGCUGCUUCAGGAGAAAAGAGAUGCCAAGCGGGCAGACCAAGGUACGAUCCAAGUUUUCCCCCUGGAAUCUCUCUUCCCCGAGGAUCAGCAGAGACACCCGGCUCAGUGUCCUCAUUAAUCAACCAGGGAGAGUGGAAACAACAUUCAGACAUGCUCACAGCACGUCAGAAGAGGGUGCCGAUGGAGAUGACGACGAUGACGACGACGACGAUGAUGAGAUGUUUGGGCGUGAUGAUGUGGACUUAUUUGAUGAGAAAUUUCAGACAAUGCCAUCAGACCCUGUUGAAGCUGAGAAGAUGGAGCUGAUGAAGAUGAGGACACUGGAGCGGCGAGCCAAGAUGAGCGAAUUACAACGAUUGCGUAAAGCCCAGUCCAUCCAGAGGAGACUGGAGGAGAUUGAGGUGACCUUCAAGGAGUUGGAGGACAAAGGUGUAGUGCUGGAGCGAACUCUGCGAGGAGAGGCCGGCAGCAGCGGCUCUCCUAAUAUGAUCGAGCAUUGGAUCCAACUCGUCCACGAGAAGAACGCGUUGGUGUCUGAGGAAUCUGACCUCAUGGUGGCGUCACGACAGCUGGAACUGGAAGACAAGCAGAGCAUGUUGGAGUCGGAGCUCAGGAAAUACAUGGAGCUGGAUGACAAGACACCAGAGCUGCAGAAAGAAGAAGAUCGGGUCCUUCAAGAGAUGAUUGACGUGGUGGACAUGAGGGACUCCCUGGUGUUGUUCCUGGAGGAGAAGAGGCUGAAGGAGAUAAGCGAGGAGCAAGAGGCCUUCUGCAUCAUGGAGGCCAAAAGGCACUCGAAGGCAGGAGCUCAGGUCCACUGGGAAUAAGGCUCUCACGCACACACAUACUCAGCAUGAACCUGUAUGUACUGUGCAGUAGAUGGCCUCGCAUCGACCGUAUGUGAGACUUGAGACUUAACUUUUGCAAAGCCAAAGAUGAUAGAAUAGUUGCGGAGGGAAACCCACCACAAGCGGUCCCUCAAGAGUUGAGGCUUAUGGGCCAGAGGCUGAGUGAAUAUCUGUUGCAAUCUGCCCCCUAGAGGGAGACAUAAGCCAGGGGAUCUGAGGCUUUGGGCCGAUGCGGCCAAUAACUCCGGCUAAGCCCUGCCUGCCGUUUAUAGUGGCAACAGACCACAUGUGAAAAAGGACCCCUAAUGUCUGCUGCACUAUUGAGCAACCACCAAUCAAUACCCAGCCUGGGACUUGGCCUGGUUUUGGUGUCAGAAACAUGUGACUCACGCGCAAAGCCAAGACUAAGCAGCAUAAAAUUACAGCGGUGGGGAAACCUGCAGUAGCUGGCUCUGGAGCCUUUGAGAGAUCUAGGUCGAAAGCACAGGAUGGAUGGUGUUUUUGAAAUGAAUAAGUGCUACUGUACACAAUGACAUAAUAUACAUAUAAUUCUAUGUUUAGUAUUUGUAUACUGAAUAAAUACGAUGGUGGAGGAAAAAACAAAGAGGUAGAUAAAGUAUUAGCAUUAAUAAAUUCCGUUACUAGUAUUUAUGAUCCAAUUUUUAUUACACUGUUUAGUUUUCCUUAAUGAAUUUUGUAGCGCUUCCUGCUGUUCACCCAGUCCUUUUCCCGUUAGCAUGUUGGCUAGUUGAUCUCAGGGGUUGGAUCAGAGUUGGGGUUUUCACCGAUGGCCUUCGACAGUCGGCUGCUCUUUGUGUGAUAGUGUAUUAUAUGGACACGGGGGGGGGAUUUCGGGGAGAAUGAAAGACAGACCUAACGGACUGGAUCAUCUAUUUAUAAAUGCUAUCUUUCAUUAUUUGCAGGUGUUCCUAUUCAUGUGCUGGCAGAAUAGACAAAAUGGAGACAAAGACCAGUUUGUUGUUAGUGAAAAGGAGCCUUAUACAUUCAUUGUCCUGCUGCCAUUUUGUGCCGCCUGGACGGCACUUCACAGUAUAUCAAAUAAAGAUCAUGCACUUUGA